UUUUUAUUUUAUAACAUAUAUAAUAUUAAAUUUAUUUUGUGAUCGAUGAAAGUACAAGUCAAAUGUCAAUUUAAUUAUAAUUAAAAUAUUGUACAAUAAAAUAUUAAUUUUAUUUUUAUUUAUAUGUCAAUAAAUUAUUAUUAAAUAAAUAUUAUUUUACUAUGACGAAGAAGAUAAUAUGUUUAUUUGAUGUUGAUGGCACACUUACGGAUCCUAGACAGGCAAUUAAACCAUCCGUGGAGAAAUUUCUUUUGGAAACUGUUAGAAAGGAAUUUGAUAUAGCUGUAGUUGGUGGAUCAGAUUUAAAUAAGAUUAAAGAACAAUUAGGUGGUAAAAAUAUAUUUGAAAAAUAUAAAUAUGUUUUUGCAGAAAAUGGGCUUAUUGCAUUUAAAGAUGAUAAACAGUUGCCUACUGAAACAAUUCAAAGUAUUAUUGGUGAAGAAGCAUUGCAAGAUUUUAUCAAUUUUUGUUUAAAAUAUAUAUCAGAAUUACAUUUGCCAUUCAAACGUGGAACUUUUGUAGAAUUUAGAACAGGUAUGAUUAAUAUAUCACCUGUUGGUCGUAAUUGUACUAGAAAAGAGCGUAUUCGAUUCUAUGAAUAUGAUCUUGAACAUCAAAUUCGACAGAAAUUUAUUCAAGCUAUUAAAAAAGAAUUUCCAGAUCUUGCUUUAACAUAUAGUAUAGGAGGUCAAAUAUCUUUUGAUGUUUUUCCUAUUGGUUGGGAUAAAACAUAUUGUCUUAGACAUAUUCGAGGAUAUGAUGAAAUACAUUUCUUUGGUGAUAAAACAACAGAAGGUGGUAAUGAUUAUGAAAUUUAUGAAAGCGAUUUAACUGUUGGACAUCGUGUGACAUGUCCUGAAGAUACAAUUAAUCAACUUAACAUUCUUAUAACACUUAUGAAAGAAAGAAGAGAAAAAGAACAAUUGGAAUUUCCUAUACAAUGUGCAUAAUGAAUUAAAUAUUUUAUCUAAUAUACAAAAAAUAUAUUAUUUAUAUAAGUUUGUUUUGCUAAUAUUGCAUUUCACUUAUAGUAUUAAAUUUUUAUUUUUAAAAGAAAUUUUAAAAAAAAUUGCACUUAAAUUUUCUACCUACAAUAAAAAGAUUUAAAAUAUUUAAUAUUUUAUAUUUAUUGAUCAACUAAAUUAUUGAAAUAUAUGUAUAAUUGUAUGACAAAAUAGAUUCAUAUUUCUUUAUGAAAUAUUAUUUUAAUAUUAGCUUAUAUUAUAUUUUGUUGAUAUCAUGUGAUAAAAAUUUAUAAAAAUAUAAGUUUAAGUAAUAGUAAGUUUUAAAAUGAUUAUAUUAUAUGUUACCAUAAAAUACAUAUAUUCUAUAUGUAUUUAAUAAGGUAUUGGUUUUAGAAAACAUUAAGAUAGAUAUAUAACAUAUAUUGUACAUUUAUUUCAUUGUUUUUUUUUUAAUAAUAUUGCCUAUAAUUAAUUUUUUAUUUUUUAAAUACAAAUUUAUAAAUUUAAAAGAUUCAAUUUCAUUUUUUUUUCAUUUUUAUUUGAUUAUAUAUAUACAUAUAUAUACAUAUAUGGUAUAUAUUCUAUCUAAAAAAUUUUACAUAAAAUAAAUGAUGAAAUUUUAUUAAAAAAAAAAACAAAGAAUAUAUAUAUAUAUUCAUUUUAUAUAGAGUAUAAUCUUAUAUUUUUUAUUUUAUUUAAGAUGAUAAUAUUAUAUAAAUGUAAAUAAAAUAAAAUCAUGAAAUUUUAUAAAUAUAAUUUUAUUUUUUAAAAAUAAAUUUUGUAUAUAGAUGUAUAUAUACAUAUAUAUAUUAACAUAAUAAAAUUAAUAUAAACUAUAUAAA